AUGACUUCGCUAGAAGUCACAAUCAUUCAUUUCACUUUAAUACAUCAAGUUAAAUUGAAACUUGAAAAAAUUGUUUUCUUGCAGUUUUCCUUACAAGAUGAUCAGAUCUUCAUUGUAGGGGUGGAGGAGUACAGACUCAGCAGCCUAAGCGUCGCGUCCACCAAACCUACGAAGAGCCAGAGCAACGGGUCCGUUGUGCCCACCGACCCAUCGACAAGCCAGAGCAUUGGGUUUACGGAGCCUCCGACGAGCCAGAGCACCGGGUCCACCGACCCUCCGACGAGCCCGACCACAGGGUCUACCGACACUCCGACAAGCCAGAGCACCGGGUCCACCGAACCCCCGACUACGGUACCUCUUCCAGUCAGCACCAUACAAGGCAUCUACACCCCAGACAAAGUGGUGUACAAGCUAACUAUGCCUCUUACUGUAAACCAGACAUAUGAUGAAGGCAAGAAAGAGGUGUACAGAAGUGAAUUCAAACGAGUGCUCAAUACAGCCUAUCAAAAUCUCACAGGAUUCCUGAGUGUUCAAAUCAACGACAUAAGGGAGGGCAGCGUGAUCUGUGACCACACCGUCAACUUUGACACCAGUGACAUUCAACAAGGCGCCAAUAAUUCUGUUGCCGCCAUAGCAACCACCAUACAAAGGGAGAUCAAUCAGACAGUUGUGCCUUACCUAAGUCAGGAGUCUAUUGCGAAUGGAUCCGUAAUUAUAGAGAAGUUUGACACUGCUUUGAAGACAGCAACCAGCGAGGCUGUGCGAGACCCUUGUAAGACUGUUGAUCUUGGAUGUUUCCGGGGCUAUAGCUGCCUCUCGUCACGUGACGGCGUCGUCUGCCAAUCAGAUUGUAAGACAGAAGAGGCCCAGGCGAAAUGCGGGAUGCUCGAGAUAUGCGCACUGAACGAUGGAAGAGUUACCUGUGUUUUAGAGAGGAACAAAAUCAUUGCCAUCUGCGUGGGAGCUGGUGGGGGCGGUGUCCUCGUCUUGGUAGCUAUCAUCGUCAUCCUUACCUGCAAACUACGGAAGUCCGAGGGUUUGAAAACAUCCGAAAGUGGCCAUAAUGAGGAUAUACCUCUAAAAGUGCUAGCCAGUGAAAACAAUGACCAAAUGCCUGACCAGGGGUUACGGGGCUUACCCUAUGAAACCGAUGGACGACCGAGUGCGAGGCCGGACCAUUGUGAACGCCGGUAUUCAUAUAAUAAUGAGGGAUACUUCCACGAAAAUUCACCCUCUGGGAGACAGAGAGUUAACUCGGAGAUUUACGUACCUAGUGCACAUGAGCCUCAGCAUUACGAGGGCGUGGACGAGAAAACUCUGGCGCAUAAUUUACUAUCGAUACAACCAGUGGGAAGGUUCACCAUAGAGAGACCUAAGCUGAGACUUUAAAAGACGACUGACCAAUCGCCGUAAGUUGGACAUUGUGCAAGGAAGUUUGACAGUUUGGCAGUGUCAGAUAUUCUAGUAACCUUUCCCACUAGUACAUUGUCAAGCGCGUACCUUACCAACUGCAACAGCUGACAUAUGUAUAUUUUAUAUACUGAACUAUUUUAUAUGAUCAAGCUGCAAGCCAUAAAUAUGCGAAACAUAUUUUCUGUGAUCCUUGAAACAGAACACAAAUUGCUAUUAGAACCGAAUGUUCACAGACUCAUGUCCAAUCAUAAAUCCAGAAAGAUUAUAUGUAUACGUAUUCCUCAUGUAGGUAAUUAUUGAUUUUAUUUUAUAAGGAACUAGUAUAAGAUUAACCUUAUAAGACACAGAAUUAAGUAAGUUUAUGAAGGUGCUGAAUUUUUUUUUUAUGAAUGUAUAUAUUUUUUGGCAUUUUGAUAUAACCAUUAUUGGCUUUAUCAGUGUCGCUUUAAUUUUGUAUUCGCGCCUUUUAUUACGUUUUUCUUGCCCUGUGUGAAUUAUGACUUCCGCUCUAUGUUUGUCUGCUUUAUUUAAUAUGUGGUCAUAAAACAAGAAAUACUGACAGAGAUGAAUUGAACAAUAACAAAACCUUUAUCAGAGGACAACUUUAUUGUCACCGUAGUCCAUGUUCGGUAAAAAAAGCAGUUAUAUAUUUCGGAUGGCUCGUUGAAUGUCUGGUCCAAUAUAUUCAUUAACUGUCAGUAUUAUGUGUUCAUGGUUAGGCAUUGAUCCAUUCCUAUCAGAAAAAUAUAUUAGGCUACGACAGUGUAUAUGGAUGUUUUGUUCAUUUACGAGGGAAAUAGAUGGAAAUUUUAUGUAAAUGGACAAUGGGUGGGCCACGUAGCCAAGUGUGAACGAAUACCAUUAUAAG